AUGGUCACCCCCUGGAAUAAGGGCACGCACUCCGCCCUCGUCCCACUACCCGAACCCGGCCCCUCCCUCUUCCUCUCGGCCGCGGGCCCCGAACGCCAGAAGCACAAUGGUAGCCUCCCCCCGGCCGUGAUCAUUGAAGCGGGCCUCGGCAGCUCGCACGUGGAAUGGGUCGCGGUGCAGCGCCUGAUCGCCGCCCGGGCGCGCGUCUACACCUACGACCGGGCCGGCUACGGGCGCAGUAGCGGACAGCCCUCCCCGCUGCCGCCGACAGCGCACAACCGCGUCCGCGAGCUGACCCAGCUUCUCGACGCGGCGCAGAUCCCGCCACCGUAUGUGUUGAUCGGCCACUCCUACGGCGGGGUCCUGGUCCGCGAGUUCCUGCGCCAACGCGGCCCCGACGUCGUCGUCGGGAUGGUGAUCGUCGAUUCGCCGCGGGCGCCGACCCCCUUGCCUGCGGAUUGGCCGAGUUUGAUGGGGCAGUCAGAUUACUAUGCUAUUGUCGGGUUGGAUGAGAAUGUGGCGGUGGCGCCGGAGGAGUACCGCGCGAUUAAGGAGGAUGAGGUGAGGAAUCGGGCGACGGCGGAGGCGGAGUUGGCGCUGAUUGCGGCGAGUACCAAGGAGUUGAAUGAGGCGAUUCCCGAGGGGAUGCAGGCGCUUGGGGAUAGAAGGUUGAGUGUGAUUUUUGCGAAUGAGUCGGUGGAUUUUGGGAAGGUUUAUGCUUAUGGGGUGGAGCAUGGGCAUGGCUCGGAGGAGGCGAGACGGCGGCUGGCGGAGCGGCUGGCGGUCAUGGAGGAGAUGGAUGAGCGAGGACAACGGGCUCAUCUGUCGCUGUCGAGUCGGAGUCGGUUUGUGUAUUCGACAGGGAAGGCGAGGACGCAUAAUUUGCAGUUUGUUGCACCGGAAGUGAUUCGGGAUGAGGUGUUUUGGGUCCUGGGGUUGGUGGAUUGA